AUGUCUAGCACAGCUGGGAAGGUCAUUCGCUGCAGAGCCGCGGUGGCAUGGGAAGCAGGGAAGCCACUGGUAAUCGAAGAAGUGGAGGUGGCACCACCACACAAGGUGGAAGUUCGUUUGAAGAUCCUCUUCACCUCCCUUUGCCAGACUGAAGUUAUCUUCUGGGAGGCCAGGGUGGGGACAAACACCAUUGUUUCCUCGCAUUUUUUGGCCAUGAAACUGCAGGAGAGCAUAGGUGAGGGUGUGACAGAUCUCCAACCAGGGGACCAUGUCCUCCCCGUGUUCACCGGGGAAUGCAAGGAGUGCCGCCACUGCAAAUCAGAGGAGAGCAACAUGUGUGAGCUUCUCCGUAUAAACACCGAUAGGGGCGUAAUGCUAAGUGAUGGCAAGACAAGGUUCUAUAAAAAUGGGCAGCCUAUAUACCAUUUUCUUGGCACCUCCAAUUUCAGUCAGUACACAGUAGUCCAUGUUGGCUGUGUAUCCAAAAUCAACCCUGCUGCUCCACUUGACAAAGUUUGUGUUCUUCGCUGCCGAGUUUCCACUGGUCUUGGUGCAACUUUGAAUGCCGCCAAACCGAAAAAGAAUUCAAUUUUGCUGUUUUUGGGUUUUGGGCUGUUGGCCUUGCUGCUGCUGAAGGGGCUCGAAUUUCUGGGGCUUCAAGGAUCAUUGUUCUUUGAUCAUGAUCAAUCUGCUUGUUUGUCAGCCAAGAAAUUUGGUGUUAAUGAGUUUAUGAACCCCAAAGAUUAUGACAAGCCUGUACAAGAGGUGAUUGCUGAGAUGACUGAUGGAGGAGCGGACCGGAGUCUCGAAAGCACUGGAAACAUUGAUGCCAGGAUCUCAGCAUUUGAAUGUGUUCAUGAUGGUUGGGGUGUUGCUGUGCUCGUUGGCGUUGCAAGAAGCAAAGAUGAUGCAUUCAAAACUCAUCCCAUGGACUUUUUGAAUGAGAGGACUCUGAAGGGCACCUUCUUCGGCAACUACAAGACCCGAACCGACCUUCCAUCGGUUGUAGAAAAGUAUAUGAACAAGGAGCUGGAACUGGAGAAAUUCAUCACCCACCAUGUUUCUUUACCAGAGAUCAACAAGGCAUUCGAGUACAUGCUUCGUAGGGAAGGUCUCCGCUGCAUCAUCCAUAUGGAAAAAUUAGAAAAUUUCUGA